AGGCGCGUGCGUGUUGGCUGGGAUGAAUGUCGGGUUUUCGGGCGUGAGUUUUUUAACACGGCCGGAAGUGUCCAGAGAGCCCUGAGCGGAGCGUUCGAUUUCUCUCUCCCCUCACUCCCGGCGGGCGCUAUGGAGCCGGGCGCUUGAGGGCGGAGCGGCUGCCUUUUUACCCCAGACAUGUCAGCCGGCCAUCUCGAUGCAGGUACAGUAUACUCUGCAGUAUAAAGGCAUUAUGUACUCAGAGUGGAGGUCUCUACAUCUUGUAAUUCAAAAUGAUAAAGGUCACACCAGCGUACUUCACAGUUAUCCUGAAAAUGUGGGAAGGGAGGUGGCAAAUGCUGUUGUCCGUCCUCUUGGCCAAAUCUUGAAUUUGUCUGGAAAUGAAAGCUUACUAAAAACUGACAAAGAAGUAAAAUGGACAAUGGAGGUGGUUUGCUAUGGGCUGACUCUCCCUUUGGAUGGUGAGACAGUGAAAUACUGUGUUGAUGUAUAUACAGAUUGGAUUAUGGCUCUGGUUAUACCGAAAGAUACAAUUCCUCCACCUGUUAUUAAAGAACCAAAUCUUUAUGUUCAGAGCAUUCUCAAACAUCUACAGAACCUCUUUGUACCUAGGCAGGAUCAAGGUUCCAGUCAGAUUAAAUUGUGUUUGCAAGUUUUGAAAGCUGUCCAGAAAUUGGCUCAUGAAUCAACCAUUAUGGCUAGAGAAACAUGGGAAGUUUUAUUAUUGUUUCUCCUGCAGAUUAAUGAUACUCUACUGGCACCUCCAACAGUACAAGGUGGUAUUGCUGAAAAUCUGGCUGAAAAACUGAUUGGUGUAUUGUUUGAAGUCUGGUUGCUAGCCUGUUCUCGAUGUUUUCCUACACCACCUUAUUGGAAAACUGCCAAAGAGAUGGUAGCAAAUUGGAGGCACCAUUCUGCAGUGGUAGAGCAGUGGAGUAAAGUCAUCUGUGCACUUACUGCUAGAUUGUUGCGUUUUACAUAUGGACCUUCAUUUCCACCUUUUAAAAUUCCUGAUGAAGAUGCAAACUUGAUACCUCCUGAAAUGGAUAACGAAUGUGUUGCCCAAACUUGGUUUCGCUUUUUACAUAUGCUGAGCAAUCCUGUGGAUUUGAGUAAUCCAGCGAUAAUAAGUUCUACCCCCAAAUUUCAGGAACAGUUCCUAAAUGUGAGUGGAAUGGCUCAGGAAUUGAAUCAGUAUCCCUGCCUUAAACAUCUGCCUCAAAUAUUCUUUCGUGCUAUGCGUGGGAUUAGUUGCUUAGUGGAUGCAUUUCUAGGUAUUUCAAGGCCCCGUGCUGAUAGUGCUCCACCUACACCAGUAAAUAGAUUGAGCAUGCCCCAAACUGCAGCUGUUAAUACAACCCCACCUCAUAAUCGAAGACAUCGUGCUGUAACUGUGAAUAAGCCAACAAUGAAAAACAGCACAGCUAACACUGCUCAUGCUUCCAAACACCAGCCAUCUUCUACUUCUCCGCUGUCUAGCCCAAACCAGACUAGUUGUGAGCCUCGACCACUACCUGCUCCUCACAGGCCAAAAGUUAAUAGUAUCUUGAACCUCUUUGGAUCAUGGCUGUUUGAUGCAGCCUUUGUUCAUUGUAAGCUUCAUAAUGGAAUAAACAGGGACAGCAGUAUGACUGCUAUAGCAACACAAGCAAAUAUGGAGUUUCGCAGGAAAGGUUCACAAAUGUCUGCAGAGACGGUGGCUUCCAAUCCUAUGUUUGAUGCAGGGGAAUUUUCUGACAACUAUGAAUCUGGCAGAGCAGAGGCAUGUGGAACGCUCUGUAGAAUAUUUUGUAGCAAGAAAACUGGAGAAGAUAUACUGCCAGCCUACUUAUCUCGGUUUUACAUGCUUUUAAUUCAGGGACUGCAGAUAGCUGAUUCUGUUUGCCACCCAGUUCUGGCUAGUGUCAUCUUAAACUCCCCUGCCUUGUUCUGCUGUGACCUGAAGGGGAUUGAUGUCUUGGUUCCUUACUUCAUUUCAGCACUUGAAACUAUCUUACCUGACAGGGAGCUCUCAAAAUUUAAAACAUAUGUGAAUCCCACAGAACUAAGAAGGGCCUCUAUCAAUAUUUUACUGUCCUUGUUGCCUCUUCCUCAUCACUUUGGAACAAUCAAAUCGGAGAUUGUUCUGGAAGGAAAAUUCAGCAAUGAUGAAAGUUCAUCCUAUGAUAAACCAGUAACCUUUCUUUCUUUGAAACUGAGACUUGUGAACAUAUUGAUUGGAGCCCUGCAGACAGAAACAGACCCUAACAACACACAGAUGAUACUAGCUGCGAUGCUGAACAUUGUGCAAGAUUCAGCACUUCUAGAGGCUAUUGGUUGCCAGAUGGAAACGAAUGGUGGUGAGAAUAUUGUCCUGAAAAGUCACAGUCGCACUAAUAGUGGCAUUAGCACGGCAAGUGGAGGAAGCACAGAACCAACAACUCCUGACAGUGAGAGACCUGCACAAGCUCUGCUGAGAGAUUAUGCUCUUCAUACAGAUACUGCAGCUGGACUCCUGAUCCGCAGCAUUCAUUUGGUAACACAGAGGCUCAACGCACAGUGGAGACAGGAAAUGAGCAUCUCGCUAGCUGCAUUAGAGCUUCUCUCUGGUUUGGCAAAGGUGAAGGUUGGCGUUGACUCUUCUGAUAGGAAGAGAGCAAUUAGCUCUGUGUGCUGUUACAUUGUGUAUCAGUGUAGUCGUCCAGCUCCUCUCCAUUCUAGAGAUCUCCAUUCCAUGAUAGUCGCAGCAUUUCAGUGUCUCUGUGUCUGGCUCACCGAACAUCCAGACAUCCUUGAUGAAAAGGAUUGUUUAAAAGAAGUAUUGGAGAUUGUGGAACUGGGCAUCUCAGGAAGUAAAUCCAGAAGUAGUGAACAAGAAGUUAAGUACAAAGGAGAUAAGGAGCCAAAUCCUGCUUCCAUGAGAGUGAAGGAUGCAGCUGAAGCUACCCUCACGUGCAUCAUGCAAGUUCUUGGAGCUUUUCCUUCACCCAGUGGUCCUGCUUCUCCUUGUAGCUUAGUAAAUGAGAUCACCUUAAUUAAAUAUGCUCGGCUGCCUUCUAUAAACAAAUACAGCUUCCGCUAUUUUGUCCUGGAUAACAGUGUCAUCCUUGCAAUGUUAGAGCAGCCCUUGGGGAAUGAACAAAAUGACUUUUUUCCUUCACUCACCAUUCUAAUCCGUGGGAUGUCUGGAAGACAUGCGUGGGCACAACAACUUUGCCUUUUGCCAAGAGGAGCCAAAUCAAAUCAAAAGCUAUUUGUUCCAGAACCCCGACCUGCACCUAAAAAUGAUGUUGGAUUAAAAUAUAGUGUGAAACAUCGCCCGUUUCCUGAGGAAGUGGACAAAAUUCCUUUCGUGAAAGCAGACCUGAGCAUUCCAGACUUGCAUGAGAUAGUUACUGAGGAACUGGAAGAACGUCAUGAGAAGCUGAGAAGUGGAAUGGAUCAGCAAGUACUUUAUGAGAAAUCUAUAGAUCAGAAAAUGGAAGAAGAAUGGAGGAAGAAAAACUUUCCUGAUCCAGUCACAGAGUGUAAACCAUCACCUCCUGCACAGGAGUUUCAAACAGCCCGCCUCUUCCUUUCUCACUUUGGAUUUCUAUCUCUAGAAGCAUUGAAGGAACCUGCUAAUAGCAGACUACCUCCUCACUUGAUUGCACUUGAUUCUUCUCUGCCCGGGUUUUUUGAUGAUGUUGGUUACCUAGACUUGCUGCCAUGUCGUCCUUUUGAUACUGUUUUCAUUUUCUACAUGAAGGCAGGCCAAAAAACAAACCAAGAAAUUUUGAAGAACGUAGAGUCUUCCAGAAAUGUUCAACCACACUUCCUAGAGUUCUUGCUAUCUCUUGGAUGGUCUGUUGAUGUGGGCAAGCACCCUGGAUGGACAGGACAUGUUUCAACCAGCUGGUCCAUUAAUAGCUUCUGCGAUGAGGAGGAAUCAGAGCAAGAUGAAGUAAUCUGUUCAGAAGACAUGGGAGCAAAUAUUUUCAAUGGGCAAAGAAAAGUGUUGUAUUAUGCAGAUGCUCUUACAGAAAUAGCUUUUGUUGUUCCUUCGCCUGUGGAGUCCUUAACAGAUUCAUUGGAAAGCAAUGCCUCAGACCAAGAAAGUGAUUCUAACAUGGAUCUCCUUCCUGGGAUACUAAAGCAGCAAGCACUGACACUUGAGCUCUUUCCCAAUCAUACAGACAAUCUCAGUACUUCACAGAGGCUCAGUCCAACUUCCAGAUCAAAGAAAUUUCCACAAGGUCGGGCUAUUCCCCCAAUGGGACCUGAAACCAAGGUGUAUGUGGUUUGGGUUGAACGCUAUGAUGACAUAGAGAAUUUCCCUCUCUCUGACUUUGUUUCAGAGACUAGCACUGGAGUAGAAACUACAACAAAUAGCAGCACUUCACUGAGGUCUGCUAUUCCUGAAAAAGAAGUGCCAGUGAUUUUCAUCCAUCCCCUCAACACUGGAUUAUUCAGGGUAAAAGUACAAGGAGCUACUGGAAAAUUCAAUAUGGUUAUCCCUCUAGUGGAUGGCAUGAUAGUUAGCAGAAGAGCUCUAGGAUUCUUAGUGAGACAGACAGUAAUAAAUAUUUGUCGAAGAAAAAGGUUGGAAAGUGACUCAUACAAUCCCCCUCAUGUCCGUCGAAAACAGAAAAUAACUGAUAUUGUCAAUAAAUACAGGAACAAACAGCUGGAACCAGAGUUUUAUACCUCUCUUUUUCAAGAGGUUGGACUAAAAAACUGUAAUCCUUAAACCAGGACCCUUUUUGAACAAUUAAAUUGCAGCUUGGUAUCUGCAACGAUGAAAUAAAAUCUUCCCACUUGUGGACCUCUUGUGUAAACAAACCACAUUCUCAGCAUGACUUCUGCUUCUACUGCAAGAAAAUAAGGAGGACUUGCUUUUGGCUCCAGUCCUGCAGUCCUUCUGAGCACAUCGCCACACCUUCAGAUGCUACAGAGGGAGAACCUUUGAUAAUGAAGUAUUAUUUAUUAAUAGACAAUAUAAUGGAUGUAUAUCAAAUAGAAGGUUAACUACACUUCUCAUGAUUUCCCAUGUUUGCAACAAAAA